UGCUCCUUUUCAAACUCUUCUCUCCCACCUUAUGUCCUCUCUAACGACCAAUAUCGCAGGCCCAACUUGUCUUCAAUUUAUGCAAGCAGACCCAUCCCGAUUCUCUCUCUCUCUCUCUCUCAAGCUCGCUCAUCUCCUUCAGUUCUCUCCCCAAGCCGAGGUCCGUGCCAUGUCUGCUGUUCUCCUCUGCAAGCAGCUAACUCGCGACUAUUCCUACCUCUGGCCUCGCCUAAAUCCUUCCUCUCAGUUCUCUCUCAAAUCCAUACUCCUCUCAUGUAUUCAAAGCGAGGACUCCAAAUCCAUAUCGAAGAAAUUGUGUGAUACGGUCUCCGAGCUGGCUUCCGGAAUCUUGCCGGAUAAUGGCUGGCCAGAAUGGUUGCCGUUCAUGUUUCAUGCUUGACGUCAGCCUCCCCAAGCACCGAUGUGAAGAUUGCGUCCUUCAAUGCUGUUAUCAGCUUCAUACAGUGCUUGUCCAACUCUGCUGAUCGUGACAGGUUUCAGGAUUUGCUGCGACCGAUGACGCGGACACUAAUGGAGUCGUUGGAUAACGGGCAGGAGGCAACCGCGCAAGAGGUACUUGAACUGUUGAUCGAAUUGGCCGGGACGGAGGCGAGGUUCUUAAGGCGGCAAUUAGUGGAUAUAGUGGGGUUGAUGCUGCAAAUUGCAGAAGCUGAAUCGUUGGACGAAGGAACGAGGCACUUGGCGAUUGAAUUUGUGUUCGCUCUUGCAGAAGCCAGGGAGCGGCAGUUUUGAUUCGGCUCAGCUAAUCUUCAAUUUUUCCAAAAAUUUAUUUACACUGUAGGUGUAGGACCCUAGCUUGGCUGUUAUCCGAGAGAGUAUGGGCAAUGCCCCAAGUAAGAAUUGCAUGUUCACUUCUUCUGCUGAGUAAAUGUACACAACUUGAUUAUUUUAGAACUUCUGUUGAGUAAAUUUACGCAACUUGACUAUCUUAGGACUUCUCCUGUUCAGUUGCUUUAUGCUGAUAAUAAAUUCUCAAUUUCUUUUCUUUUAUUGCUAUCCAUGCUCCAAGUAGGCUUAUCACAAACUACUCCCAACAUUUCUACAGGACUCAAUGGAUACUUGAUUGUGGUCUCUCAUUCUCAAUAAGUUGUGUACGGUUUUGACAGGUUGUUCCACCAUGGUUAAACUGCCUACCAA